UAAGCACUUCGACUCUCGAUUAGUUAGUAUAGUGAUUAUUUUUAAAUUGUUUUACCUAUACCUACUACAAGUCUCCAACAACAUAAUGAAAUCUUUGAUUAUCGUGAUUAUCGCCGUGGCCGUGGCCGUAGCCGACGAAAAAGCUACAGCCAAACAAGAUAAGCGUCAAAUAUCUUCGUACAGCAGCGGUACUGCUGCAACUAUCGCACAGCCGUUACAAACGCAGCCGACAGCUGGUGCAGUAGCAGUCAAUAACGCGCCUUCGUACCAAUCGAGUUAUGUACCGACUUGUGUGGUACAACCGUACGGCAAUAGCAUUUUUACCAAUCCAUCGGUACCCGUGUAUCAGCCUCCGUACUAUAAUGGACCCGCCGAGUCGUUUGUACCUCAAUACCAACCACAGCAACAAUAUCCAAUCGCUUAUCAGCCACCGCAGUAUCCGAUCGCUUAUCAGCCACCGCAGUAUCCGAUCACUUAUCAGCCGUCGCAAUAUCCAACCACGUACCAGCCGUCACAAUAUCCGGCUACGUACCAGCCGUCGCAAUAUCCGGCCGCGUAUCAGCCGUCACAAUUUCCGGCCACGUAUCAGCCGCAACAACCCGCCCAGACUCCGGCGCCGUACUCGUACACUUACUUCACUUCGGCGGCCAACAGCGCCAACAACAACGCACAGUUGUCCACCACUAAGAAGUAGUACGUGUUCUUAGACAUCAAUCAACCCCGAGGAUAUACCUAUGUUUAUAGUACUGUCAUAAGUAAAUAUAGGUAAUAUGAUUUAUUAUACUGUCGAAAUAAAAUAAAUGCAAACGAUUUUUUAAGAGAA